AUGCCCGCCCCGCCUCCGUCCUGAGUUGGUGGUUUGGGGGCUGCGAGCUGUGUAACGGAGCGAUUGUUUUUCGCGUUUCAGAAAGAAACGCUGAGACGAGCCGGAAAAUGAUCCGCCCAAAUCAGGAAGAUUAUGCGCGACAAACUCAAAUCCAGCUGUUAGCUACACUGAAGGAAGAAUAACUCCGAAAACUUCUCCCGGAAUAAAGGAUUGUAAUGUUUUGGAAAAGAAUAUGGAAGAGCGUGGAAGUGUUCACAUAAACGAACCGCGGACGCCGGAGCCUCACGGAAUAGCGACGCUGAGGCAAAGGUGGCAGAAAUGGGCUGGUGACCACAGGGAAUACCAGAGGAGUAACCCUUUCAGCGGCGCCCACGUCCCGGCUUGGGAACCGCACAGAGCGGGAGAGGAAUACGGGCGUCCGAAAAAAGGAUCAAAAACUGAGCAAAGGGGUAAAGAUGCACAGCGCCUGGUCGAUAGAGAAAUCGAGGAAUUGUUGUAUAUUAUCCGAAGGAACGGAGAACCCGGUCCAGAUGGCAACAUUUGCGUGAGGUUUGGAAAGUUGUUUGACGCCUAUGUGACAAUUUCCAAUAAAGUGGUGGGGCUUCUCUUACGAGCGAGGAAACACGGUCUGAUUGACUUUGAUGGGGAAAUGCUGUGGCAAGGAAGGGACGAUCAGGUUCUCAUCACGCUGCUGCACUGAGAUUUUGCUGGAAAUGGUGCCGGGCAGCUUGUGAAGUUCCGCUGAUAACUGUUGACGAGUUUGGAGAUGGAAUUGUUUUUGACCUUCAAACCCGGUCUCCGCGGCUCUAGGUUUUUUUUUAAAGCAGUAAAUCUGCGCUUACCGUACGACAGCUUGAGCUAAUGCUUUUGACACAGAUUACAUAUAUGUCACCAUAUACAACUCUGAGAUUCGUUUUCCUGUGUGCAUGCUCAGCAAAUUUAUAGAACAGUAACUACAACAGGAUCAAUGAAAGAUCAACCAGAGCGCAGAAGACAACAAACUCUGCAAAUGCAAAUUUAAAUAAAUAGCAAUGAGGAACAAGAACACGAGAUAACGAGACACAGAGUCCUUCAAGUGGGCUCAUUGGUUGUAGAAACAUUUCAAUGAUGGGGCAAGUGAGUGUAGUUAUCCCCUUCUAUUCAAGAGCCUGAUGGUUGAGGAGUAGUAACUGUUCAUGAAACUGGUGGUGCGAGUCAUGAAGCUCUUGUACCUUCUAUCUGAUGGCAGCAUGGCCUGGGUGGUGGGGAUCUCUGAUGAUGGAUGCUGCUUUCCUACGACAGUGUUUCAUGUAGACGUGCUCAAUGGUUGGGAGGGCUUUACUAGUAAUGUUCUGGGCCUCAUCCACUACCUUUUACAGGGAUCCACUACUGUACCCACUGCAGUUCAAAGACAUUAGUGCUUCCAUACUAGCCCAUGAUGGAGCGAGUUCAUGUACUCUCUACUACACAGCUACAAAGUUUUGGAUGUCAUUGUCGAAUCUCCGCAGACUCCUCAGGAAGUAGAGACACUGCCAUGCUUUCUUCCCAAUUGCAUUUAAGUGUUGGGCCGCUGAAAUAGUAAUACCCAGGAAUUUAAAGUGGUUAACCUUCUCCAUCUCUGAUCCUCCGAUGAGGAAUGGCUCACGAACCACUGGUUUUCCUCUCCUGAAGUCUAUAAUCAGUUCAUUGGUCUUGUUGACAUUGAGUCGGAGGUUGUUGUUAUGACAGCACUCAGCCAAUUGUCCAAUCUUCCUCCUGUAUGCCGUGGUGAUCAAGAGAAGUCAAAGCCAACAUCAAAGCUAAAGAGAGGGGAUAUCAUAGAGCAAAAAUUAGUGGAAAGCUAAAGGAUUGGGAAGCUUUUUUAAAAACUAACAGAAGGCAACUAAAAAAAAGUCAUUGAGAAGCAAAAGACAGAAUACAAAAGUAAGUUAUUCAAUAAUAUUAAAGAGGAUACCAAAAGUUUCUUCGGAGACAUGAAGUGUAAAAGAGAGGUGAGAGUGGAUAUCGGACCACUGGGAAACGAUGCUGGAGAGCUAGGAAUAGGGAACAAGGAAAUGGCAGACAAACUGAAUAAGUAUUUUGUAUCAGAUUUCACUGUGAAAAACACUGGCGGUAUGGUGGAAGUUCCAGAGUGUCGGGGGUCAUGAAAUGUGUGAAACUGUCAUUACUAAGGAGAAGUUUUAAGGGAAACUGAAAGCUCUGAAGGUAAGUCACCUAGACUAGAUGGUGUACACCCCAGGGUUCUGAAAGAAGUAGCUGAAGAGAUUGUGCAGGCAUUAGUAAUUCUUUCAAGAAUCACUAGAUUCUGGAAUGGUUCCAGAAGACUGGAAAAUUGAAAAUCCCUUCUACUCUUUAAGAAGUGAGGAAGGCAAAAGAAAGAAAAUUAUAGGUCAGUUAGUCUGACCUCAGUGGUUGGGAAGAUGUUGGAGUCAAUUGCUAAGAAUGUAGUUUUGGGGUUAUGUAAUGGCCUGGUUACAAGUUUUACUGCUAAUGCUGUAGGGUAUUUCAUUUAGUAGCUUUCUGUAGAAGCAGUGUGUCGUGCUGAUAGUAUUUGGGUUUCAGUUAAAGAUGAGGAGCGUUCAACUUAGGAGUGUUGUGUCAGCUAAUCAGGAUGGUGGAAUUGGGAGAAGGUUCUAGAGAAAGCUGGGCAGAGAAAGACUUAUGAUGGACAUUGGUGGGUUUCAUGGUCUUUUUGGCGGGAGAUGGAGAGGGGAGAAGAUCAGGAGAGACAGCCAUAGGAUUCGAUCCAACAGGAAGAGGCAGUUGCAAGGAGUGCUUCAUGAUGCAAAGGAGUCCAAGAUGGGAAGCUUUACCAGUGAUUGUUGAUGAGAAUUCAGCACCAUGAGUAGCAGUCAUACCAGCUUAUGGAAGAUACAAGCUCCAACAAUGUGCUGAUCUAGACUGGUUUUAAUUGUAAUGGACCCCUUCAUCUUUCCUUUUUCUUUUCCUCCUAAUAACUGGUUGAUAAAGCUGAAAUUAGUAAAUACUUUAUAAUUGUAUGCAGCGUACAAUUGUUAUUUCUUGCUGAUGGAUAAUGUCGAUGGAAGUGGGCAGUGUUUACACAGCAUUUGCAGAAAUCAGGCUUCUGUUAAUGAAGCAUCCCAACUUUCCUGUUUGAUUCUUCUCCUCCUCCUCCUCGUCCUCCUCGUCCUCCUCGUCCUCCUCGUCCUCCUCGUCCUCCUCGUCCUCCUCCUCCUUUCAAGCAAAGUGAUUGCUUUAAGCAUUGGAAUGUCUCAUAAGACAUUCCCCCCAUCCCUCAUAAGAGCUGAUCAGAGGAGGAAAACAUGAUGGAGAAGCGGGAGGCCUCCAGCAGCAGGACAAAGCCCUCAGGAAUAGCCUCAGUUGCUGAAGUGACCCCUAAUGCCACAACCUAAUGAAGGUUUUGCAGGAAAUAGUGAAAAGCCUGCAAGCCAAAGGACCUCGGUUCAUGUUGGCUAUUGCUGUCACCAAGUGUGACAAGUCGGAUAGGAAAUUGGACCCACUGGUAAGACAUACUAAGCAGAGGGCUCCUACUGACUGGGGGCCUUUAACUAGUAUUGUCUGAUACAACUGUGGUGAGUAUGGAUAUUUCAAGUGGGAGUACGAAGGACAGGAAAACCUUCAGAAAGUUGAAAUAAGUUUGAACGAGUGCAGAGAAGUUUUACAAGGAUGUUGCCGGGACCUGAGAAACUGAGUUACAGAGUAAGUUUGAAUGAGUUAGGACUUUAUUCCCUGGAGUGUAGAAGAAUGAGUAGAGAUUUGAUGGAGGUAUAUUAAAUUAUGUGUAUAGAUAGAGUGAAUGCAAGCAGGCUUUUUUCACUGAGGCUAGGAGAGAAAAAAGCCAGAGGUCAUGGGUUAAGGGUGAAAAGGGAAAAGUUUAAAGGGAACAUGGUGGGGGGGGGGCUUCUUCACACAGUGAGUGGUGGGAGUGUGGAAUGAGCUGCCAGAUGAAGUGGUGAAUGCAGGCUCACUUUUAACAUGUAAGGAAAAACUUGGACAGAUACAUGGAUGAGAGGGGUAUGGAGGGAUAUGGUCCAGGUGCAGGUCAGUGGGACUAGGCAGAAAAAUGGUUCGGCACAGCCAGGAAGGGCCAAAAGGCCUGUUUCUGUGCUGUAAUGUUCUAUGGUUCUAAAGUGACCCAAUGGUUACUUAACCAGAAUAGGAAGUUGGGAAACUUUGGAGAGACCCCGUAAGGAAAUG